GCGCAGAAGAGAGACAGCGGACUUUGCAGACGCAAAAGUGUGGAUGUUUUCUGGGAGAAGAGGGCAUGAGGGAGCCUUGUGGGUGCGUUUCCAGCCAUUCGGUGAUCCCACGUCACGCCUAAAAGCAGGAGAAGAAAGCCGGUGGAAUAUUUGAAUCAGUGUUUUCCCUCCGUGCUGACUGACAGAGCCGCGCCAACAUGAUCGGGGCUUCAAGUCUUUAUUUCUCUCUCGCUGCGGCUGUGCUGUUGGUGUGUGUGUCCUGCUUCAAUGUCGACCAGAAGAACAAAAUGUCCUUUGAGGGCCCGCUGGAGGACAUGUUUGGUUACACCGUGCAGCAGUUUGAAAACAGCGAAGGCAAAUGGGUUCUAAUUGGAUCGCCGCUGUCAGGCCAGCCGGCGAAACGAACAGGCGACGUCUACAAGUGUCCUGUGGGCAGAGGGGGGAACACAUGCGUCAAACUGGAGCUGCCAGAAAACACCACUGUUCCCAACUUACAUGAAGUCAAGGAGAACAUGACCAUGGGAACCACGCUCGUGACCAAUCCCAGCGGCGGAUUCUUGGCCUGCGGUCCCCAGUACGGCUACAUGUGUGGUCAACAACAAUACAUCUCGGGGGUUUGUGCCAACGUCAGCUCGUCCUUCCAGGUCCUCAACUCGGUGGCGCCAGGCGUGCAAGACUGUGCAAAGGAGCUGGACAUUGUGAUCGUCCUGGACGGAUCCAACAGCAUUUAUCCCUGGACCAGCAUCAUCGACUUUCUCAUCCGCUUCAUUGAGAAUAUUCAGAUUGGACCUAACCUCUCACAGGUGGGCAUCGUGUCCUACGGAGAGACCGUCACCCACCGUGUCAAUCUGAGCCAGUUCGACAACACCCCCGCUCUGCUGGACUUCGUCAAGGAGCUUCCUCAGCAGACCGGCUUCAAAACAAUGACUUUCUUGGGCAUUGACACUGCCAGGACGGAAGCCUUCAUGCCGGAGCGAGGAGCACGGCCCGGUGUGAAGAAAGUGAUGGUGAUCGUGACGGACGGCGAGUCACAUGACUCCCAUAACCUCAAAUCGGUCAUUGGCGACUGCGAGGAGGAUGGCAUCGAGAGGUUUGGCAUCGCUGUUUUGGGAGACUAUAACCGACAGAACAAGACUGCUGAAGAAAUGCAGAAGUUUAUAAAUGAGAUUGCGUCCAUUUCCAGUCAGCCUUUACGAGAUCAUUUCUUCAACGUGUCAGACGAGGUGGCGCUGUUAACAAUCGUGGAUGCGCUGGGAAGCAAGAUUUUUGCCCUGGAAGCCACGACUGGGAAUUUCACCUCCUCCUUUGACAUGGAAAUGUCCCAAGCUGGUUUUAGUGUCCAUGCUUUCAAAGAUGGCAUGCUGCUGGGAGCUGUGGGAGCGUACGACUGGAAUGGAACUGUCAUAAUGCACACCGAUGGGGGAACAAUCUAUCCAGAGAAGAACCACUUCUUCAACCCCAAAACUGAAGCCGGGUACGAAAGACUGGCUGGUUAUUUAGGUUAUGACGUCCAAUCGGCGUCCACCCCCGAUGGCGUGCUGUACAUCACGGGGGCGCCACGUUACAACCACACGGGUCGUGUUGUUAUCUAUCGGCUGGAGGACAAAGACGUUGUUGUCUCGCAGACGUUGAGAGGAGAGCAAAUCGGGUCGUACUUUGGCAGCGUCUUACAGACUCUCGAUGUGGAUGGCGACUCUUACACCGAUCUCCUCCUGGUUGGCGCUCCGAUGUACAUGGGCUCGGAAAGAGACGAGCAGGGCCUGGUUUACGUCUACAAGCUUAAGCAGGAUGGCCAGUUUGAGUACGAGUUCACGUUAAAGCCCAUCAACCAGUCGUGCUGCACUGCCCACUCGUCCAGCUGCACCCACAAAAACGAGCCGUGCGGGGCCCGCUUCGGUACGGCCAUCGCGGCCGUAUUGGAUCUCAACCUCGACGGCUUCAACGACGUGGCCAUAGGCGCGCCCUUUGAGAAUGACCACAAGGGCGGAGUCUACAUCUAUCACGGGGACAAGAGGUCACUGAAGGAAAAGUUUGUGCAGCACAUCCCAGCAGGGGGGGAGGACGACAAGAUGAAGUUCUUUGGUCAGUCCAUACAUGGAGUCAUGGAUCUGAAUGGAGACGGAAUCACCGAUGUUACUAUAGGGGGUCUUGGAGGGGCCUCGCUGUUCUGGUCCAGAGAUGUUGCAGAGCUCCGAGCCAACAUGACUUUUAACCCUGCAAAGAUCAACCUCCAGCAAGCCCAGUUUCAAUGUGAGCACUCCGGACGCAAGUCUGUGUGCGUGACGACAGAAGUGUGUUUUGUCUACAGUAUCAAAUCGGACACGCAGGACCCGAAGCCCAAAGCAGUGAUUCGCUACGAUCUGACUCUGGAUGCUCUGCGCGCAAAAGCCAGGGCUUCUUUUAUCGGCAAGGACGACAAAAGUGAUCGAAAAAUUAGCCGAAAUUACACCAUGCAGGACAAAAAGCGAGUGUGCGUGAAUGAGACGUUCAUGAUGUCGGCCAGACUGGACUUCCGAGACCCUCUCAUGGUGUCAUUGGACUUUGGACUGGAUGAGGAAGACCGAGGCCCGGUCCUGGAUAAAAGCCUGCCCACGUCCAUUAACAAGACGAUUCCCUUAGUGGACUGUGGGAGUCAUCAGAAGUGCAUCGCUGACCUCUUUCUUCAAGCAGAGCCUAGUGUAAAAAGCAUGGUGAUCCAAGCCAAGAAGGACAAAAUUGACGUGAACAUCCAAGUGAGAAACAGCAAAGAUAACGCCUACAACACCAAGGUGGUUGUCAGCUUCACGCCCAACAUCAACUAUGUCAAAGUUGAGCCGGAGAAGGAUUGCACCCUUAAUCACACAAAAGUGGAGUGUGCGGUGGGAUACCCCUUCCUGGGAAGCAAUGUGGAGGAAACUUUUAAAGUCAAAUUUGAGGUGAAUCCUAAUCACAUUCAUCACAACAUCCAAAUCAACGUGACGGCCACAAGCGACAGUGACGAGCUGCCCUCCACGCUCCAUGACAACACGGUGCUCAUAACCAUCCCUGUGAAGUAUGAGGCUGGCCUCAUAUUUUCUGUGCGACCUGCAGAUGAACACGUGGUGGUGAAAGAGGGCGAGCAGUACUCCAGUGUUUUCAACGACACCUGGAUGAUCGGCGAGGAGGUCAACAUCAGCUAUACGGUGGAGAAGGCAGGUGAUAUGGUGACACCGCCGCUUGACCUCACGGUGACCUACCCUCAGCUGUCCCCGCGUAAUAAUUACCUACUGUACCUGACACACAUCGUCACCAGCCCGAAGGUGAAAUGCGACGCCGCUGGUUUGAUCAACCCUCUCAACCUCAACCCAGAUGUUGUAAAACCAAACCCAAACAAAGAAACGCUAGGCAUCUUCCUCUUGAGCUGUGAAAACCUUCCCUGUACAUCGUUCAAAUGCUUCAUCCCAGAAGCCAAGGUUAGCCAGGUCAACGUUACGUUCCGAGUGUGGAAGCCGACGUUCAUCAAGGCUGACUUUUCUAGUCUGUACAUGCUGGUGAACACCACUCUGGGGAGCAGGAACACAGAUCUGUUUGUGCUGAGCAGUAGUGACAGCACCAGAAGUGUGAAGAUCCAAGUUACCAAGGAGAGCUUAGGAGGAAUUCCUAUAUGGAUCAUCAUCCUCAGCAUCCUGAUAGGCCUCCUGAUCUUAGCCCUGGUCAUCUUUGCUCUUUGGAAGAUGGGCUUCUUUAAGAGAAAAUCCAGAGAGUUCUCCAAGGAGGACAUGAUGGAUUGAGGCAUCCACACAACAGGAAGUGACUCCUUGAGUCACAUAUAAAAAUGGCAGACUUAAAAAAAAAUAUCAAUGACUACCUGGAGUGCACAAAGCCAUCGUCUCACUCACACACAAACACAAACAGGAACAAACCGUAUUGUCCCAGUCUUUUUUUUUUUUUUUAGUCCUUUUUUUUUAGACACCAAAUGCAAUCAAGGCUUCAGAUGAGGCGGAGCCUGUCACUGACACACAUGCCAAAGUUGUGCAUUUUGACUAUUGCACUUCCAUUUUUCAUGGACUUUUUUUUUUAAUGCACUUUUUGUUAAGAAGAUCCAAAGUGGCCACGCUCAAGCAAGACUUAAGACACAGCUGCAUCACUUGUAUGGACACACUGUAUGUAUUUUUGAGCAUUGUUGAUGCUUGAUCCGGGUCGCUUCAAAACACUGACUUGAACUUUUAUUUUGAAAGAAAAACGGUCUUGUUCCUCCUUGCCUUUAAACCCAAACCUCCGAUUGUACUGUAAAUAUGAGUGCUCCCACACUUAAAGCUUAAAAAUGUACAUAAAUGUUGUUUUUUGCUGCAAUAAUUCAUGUAAUUUAAUAGUUGCCGCCCACAUGCCUUAUAUUUUGGUGCUCAGGUGUUGAUACCAAGUACAACUUAUGCAAGUAUGUAAAUAUGACACAUGGUCUUAUUUUGAUUAGAAAAUGAAAUUAUAGCGAAUGAAAAUAUUUGGGUUUGUAUCCACUUUUUGGUUGCAUUUUUCAUCCAAUGACGCGGUACCUUUGAAAAGUGCAUACUUCCAGGUUGUUUUUAUUUGAAGAGCUUUGCAGUGUGUUCCAAAGAGAUUAUUUUGUACAAGGUGACUUUUAAUGCAAGUUUAAUGCUCUCCACUUUUAAGCACAACUAGUUUGUACAGAAAGUCAUUUAAAGUUAUUAUAUGGCUACAAUGUGUCCAUUAGUUUGUUCGCUUUCAUAAAUAGGAUUAAAAAUGUGGUCUGGAAUCACUUUAUUUUUUUUUUAAAGGAUAAUAAAGUGAGAAAGCUAUUCAUUCUUCAGCACUCCUGUCAAGUCUUCACUGUGAUGCACGCAAAUAAACUGAAUCGGCUU